AUGCCCCCUACCUUCCCACCCACACUCAUCGGCCUCACGGCCUCCAUCCCGGACUCGAUCCAGUUCCCGGCGCUCCCGCCCAUUGCAUCGCCCCACCUGCUCGUCGCGGCCACGACCCACCCGAGCAUCCACGGCUCCCCGCGCCAGAACGAGGUGCUGGAAAUGGAGGCCGGAAAGGAAGGCUACGAAAAGCUCGCGCAUGUGGGCGACGCGCUGGUGGGCGUUAUUGUGACUCUCAUGGCAAACGACAGGUAUCCGGGGCUCCCAUGCGGCGGUGCAACGAAACUCAAGGCGCUGGUAGUCAACAACGACGUGUUUGCGGACAUUGCGCGCCGCUACGAGCUGGACACGUCCCUGCACGCCGCUCCCAACGCCGCUGCGAUGAUCAAGCAGCAGACGCGCGUGAUGGCUACUGUCUUUGAGGCGCGCGUCGCGUCGACCUAUUACGACUAUCUCGACUCGGCCACGCCAGGCGCGUACGCCACCAAGCAGCCCGUCGUCCCUGCUGCUCUGCCCCCGCUCCCAGCCUUGGAGGACCGCACCGACGGCAUGGCGAUGGACUACCUCCGCGCCUGGAUCGAACCGCUCUUCACCCCCAUCCUCCAGUUUGCGCAUGCCGAGAUGAGCAGUGCUGUCGCCGUCGCCGAGAGCGUGGCCGGCAGCGAUAUCGUGGAGGACUAUGCCGCGCAGGGCGCGACGUCGCUUCUCAACACUGAAAUGUCCAAGAGGAAGCGGCCCCUCCCGCGGUACACUUCCACGAACACGCAGCUUGGCGAGUGGUGCACCACGUGCGAGGUGGACUGGGACGGCGAGGUCGUCAUGGCAGAGGUGGUUCGCGGGACCAAGAAGCAGGGCAUGACCGUUGCGGCGUGGCAUGUGGCCAAGAAGCUCAAGCUUAUGUAG